CUGGCAGGCACUGGUGGUCGCCCAGGGCGAUCGCGUGGCGGGUGAUCGGUGCCCUGGUCGUCGGGCCUAGGCCCUGGGGUCCGGCCCCUGGCAGGAGUGGGCGGUCCUCGGCCCGGCCCGGCCCGGGCGCCGGGGCCAGCUCCCGCCGCAGCCGCCAUGUGGUGCCUGCACUGCCAUUCGGAGCGGACCCAGUCUCUGCUGGAGCUGGAGCUGGACAGCGGUGUGGAGGGCGAGGCCCCCAGCAGUGAGACCUGCACAUCAUUGGACAGUCCCUCGGCCUAUCAUCAGGACCCCUUAGCACCUGGCUCCAGCCUGAGCCCGGACCAUUACGAACACACAUCUGUGGGCGCCUAUGGGCUGUACUCAGGGCCACUGGGGCAGCGCACACGGAGGCCCAAGCUGCAGCACUCAACCUCCAUCCUGCGCAAGCAGGCCGAGGAGGAGGCCAUCAAGCGCUCACGUUCCCUCUCUGAGAGCUAUGAGCUCUCCUCGGACCUGCAGGACAAGCAGGUGGAGAUGCUAGAACGGAAGUAUGGGGGACGCCUCGUGACCCGCCAUGCAGCCCGCACCAUCCAGACAGCCUUCCGCCAGUACCAGAUGAACAAGAACUUUGAGCGCCUGCGCAGCUCCAUGUCGGAGAACCGUAUGUCCCGCCGCAUUGUGCUGUCCAACAUGAGGAUGCAGUUCUCCUUUGAGGGGCCUGAGAAGAUGCACAGCUCCUACUUUGAAGGGAAGCAGGUCUCAGUGACCGAUGACAGCUCUCAGCUGGGGGCCCUGGUGCCAUCUGAGGGCAGUGACUUCGGUGAGCCACCGUCCCUCAAGUCUUCAGCCCCAUCCAGUGAUUUCGCAGAUGCCAUCACUGAGCUGGAGGAUGCCUUCUCCCGGCAAGUGAAAUCCCUGGCCGAAUCCAUCGACGACGCCCUCAACUGCCGCAGCCUUCAUGCUGAGGAAACGCCAGUCCCUGACUCGGGGCGAGCCCGGGACACCGAGCCCCAGGCAGCCCUGCACACUGUGGACCACCACAAACUGGAUGAGAUGACAGCCUCGUACAGCGACGUCACCCUGUAUAUCGAUGAGGAGGAGCUGUCUCCGCCUCUGCCCCUCUCCCAGGUGGGGCACCGGUCAUCCAGUGCUGAGUUAGACCUGCACCUGCGGGCUGGGGGUGCCGCCCAGGACUACUGGGCCUUGGCUCACAAGGACGAUAAGGGGGACACAGACACGAGCUGCCAGAGCACACCGUCGCUUGAGCAGCAGGAGCAGCGGCUGCGGGUGGAACACCUCCCCCUGCUCACCAUCGAGCCUCCCAGCGACAGCUCAGUGGACCUCAGCGACCGCUCAGAACGUGGCUCACUCAAGAGGCAGAGUGCCUAUGAGCGCAGUCUCGGUGGGCAGCAGGGCAGCCCCAAGCCCGGCCCCCACUGUGGCCCCCCUAAGGGCCUGCCCCGGGAGGAGCCAGAGUUGCGAGCCCGGCCUUCCAGGCCCCUCGAUGGCCACCUGGCCAUCAAUGGCUCAGCCAACCGGCAAAGCAAGUCCGAGUCAGACUACUCAGAUGGGGACAACGACAGCAUCAACAGCACUUCCAAUUCCAAUGACACCAUCAACUGCAGCUCUGAGUCGUCAUCCCGCGACAGCCUGCGGGAACAGACGCUCAGCAAGCAGACCUACCACAAGGAGACCCGCAACAGCUGGGAUUCACCUGCCUUCAGCAACGAUGUCAUCCGCAAGAGACACUAUCGCAUUGGCCUCAACCUCUUCAACAAGAAGCCUGAGAAGGGCAUCCAGUACCUCAUUGAGCGUGGCUUUGUGCCAGACACACCAGUGGGAGUAGCCCACUUCCUGUUGCAACGCAAGGGCCUGAGCCGGCAGAUGAUUGGCGAGUUCCUGGGCAACAGGCAGAAGCAAUUCAACCGCGAUGUGCUGGACUGCGUGGUGGAUGAGAUGGACUUCUCUGCCAUGGAGCUGGAUGAAGCCCUCAGAAAGUUCCAGGCGCAUAUCCGGGUCCAGGGGGAGGCACAGAAGGUGGAGCGGCUCAUCGAGGCCUUCAGCCAGCGGUACUGCAUCUGCAACCCUGGGGUGGUGCGGCAGUUCCGGAACCCAGACACCAUCUUCAUCCUGGCCUUCGCCAUCAUCCUGCUCAACACAGACAUGUACAGCCCCAACGUCAAGCCUGAGCGCAAGAUGAAGCUGGAGGACUUCGUCAAGAACCUCCGAGGUGUGGACGAUGGUGAGGACAUUCCCCGAGAAACGCUGAUUGGUAUCUAUGAACGGAUUCGCAAGCGGGAGCUGAAAACCAAUGAGGACCACGUGUCCCAGGUGCAGAAGGUGGAGAAGCUUAUCGUGGGGAAGAAGCCGAUUGGAUCCCUGCAUCAUGGGCUUGGCUGUGUCCUCUCUCUGCCUCACCGGCGGCUGGUCUGCUACUGCCGACUCUUCGAGGUUCCAGACCCAAAUAAGCCCCAGAAACUCGGACUGCAUCAGCGAGAAAUCUUCCUGUUUAACGACCUCCUGGUGGUCACCAAGAUCUUCCAGAAGAAGAAGAACUCGGUGACAUACAACUUCCGGCAGUCUUUCUCCCUGUACGGCAUGCAGGUCCUGCUCUUCGAGAGCCAGUACUACCCCAAUGGCAUCCGGCUCACGUCUGCAGUCCCUGGAGCAGACAUAAAAGUGUUAAUAAACUUCAAUGCUCCCAAUCCUCAAGACCGGAAGAAAUUCAGCGAUGACCUGAGGGAGUCCAUUGCGGAGGUGCAGGAGAUGGAGAAGCACAGGAUAGAGUCGGAGCUUGAGAAACAGAAGGGUGUUGUGCGGCCCAGCAUGUCCCAGUGCUCCAGCCUCAAAAAGGAGUCUGGCACUGGGACACUGAACCGAGCCUGCCUGGACGACAGCUACGCCAGCAGCGAGGGCCUCAAGCGCAGUGCCCUCAGCAGCUCCCUGAGGGACCUCUCAGAAGCUGGGAAGCGAGGGCGUCGCAGCAGUGCGGGAUCGCUAGAGAGCAAUGUGGAAGGGUCCAUCAUUAGCAGUCCUCACAUGCGCCGGAGAGCUACAUCAACACGCGAGUGUCCACCUCGCCCACACCAGGCUAUGCCUAACUCCUCCUCCCUCCUGGGCUCCUUAUUUGGGAGUAAGAGAGGGAAGCCCCCUCCUCAGGCCCACCCACCGUCAGCCCCUCCCCAGCCACCCCCACACCCGUUAGGCCUGCCCCACCUGCAGCACUCCGUGGUGGGCCAUCACCAGGGGCCUGCAGAGGGCCCUCCGCAGGUCCCGACGCAUGGGCACCAUAGCCAGUACUGCCACGUGCAGCAGAACCCACCCCCCUACCACCACCACCACCACUACCACCCCCCCCAGCACAUCCAGCAUGCACACCAGUACCACCACAGCCCCCAUGGGGGGCACUUGCCCUAUGGGGCCCACACGCACAGCCACCCGCCGCUGCCCUUGGCCCAUGCCAGCCAUCCGGGCCAUGCAGCACACCACCACGGGCAUUCCCCUGCCCCACCGCCCGCCCCCAGCAACAAGGCCAAACCCAGUGGCAUCAGCACAAUUGUGUAGACAGCUUGGGCCAGGGUCCCAGACUCCCCGGAACAAGUGCACACCACAAGAGGCACGCCUGGGGCAGCCAGCCUCAGACCAGACCCAGGGCACUUCUGUUUCCAUCCUCCCAUCCCCCACAGCCCGGACGGAACUCUUGAGCACAUGGGCUUGUGUUAUAGGGAGCAAAGCUCCUGAUUAAUUUAGCUUUGGUGCCCUGGGCUCCAUCCACCUCAACCCAAGGGGUGGGCCGCAGGCACUAUCAGCCUUGAAACAGUACCUCCAGCCCAGGAGAUGUCGCCCCCCCCCCCCUUCUCCAGCUGCAGCCCUCAGCUCUCUCCUCCCUAAUUGUACACAAAUAUGAAAAGCCUAGAAAAAGAAGAAACAAGACACACAAAAAACAGAACAAAACAGAAAACCCAAAACUUGCUGCAUUAUUGCUCUUUUAUUGACAAUGGGCAAAAUUAAGUAGACCUGAUAUGGUUGAUGAAAAUACGUAAGUAAACUUUAUAUAAUAUAAAU